AUGUCUGACUGGGAUACCAACACUGUUAUCGGCCAAAAGGCCAGAGCCGGCGGGUCUGGGCCAAGAGCCAACGUCGCCAGAACUCAAGGUCAAAUCAACGCCGCCAGAAGACAAGGUCUCGUCCUCUCCGUCGACAAGAAGUACGGAUCCACAAACCAAAAGGGAGACUCCGAGGGCCAAAGAUUGACCAAGAUCGACCGUGAGACAGAUAUCGUCAAGCCAAAGAAACUAGACGCCAACGUCGGGAAGACGAUCGCUAGGGUCAGAACCGAGAAGAAAUUGUCUCAAAAGGAUCUCGCUACCAAGAUUAACGAGAAACCUACUGUCAUUAACGACUACGAAUCUGCAAGAGCCAUUCCAAACCAACAAGUCUUGGGGAAAUUGGAAAGAGCCUUGGGUGUCAAGUUGAGAGGGAAGGAUAUUGGACAACCUUUAUUCGGACCAAAGAAGAAGUAA